AUGUCUGAUCCACAGUUGGAAACCUUUUUGUCGAAUGGAAAUAGCAAUGGAACUACGAAAGUCAAACUCAAGAAAGAACCUUUGAAACUCAGUGGUUUGUUGGACGGUUACGAGUCCUUCAGUGUCACUCCAGUUAUUGGAACUGAAUUUCCCAACGCAAAUGUCGUGGACUGGCUGAGAGCGGACAACAGCGAUGAGCUCAUUCGUGAAUUAGCUAUCACUAUAUCGCGCCGUGGUGUUGUCUUCUUCCGUGCCCAGAAAGACCUUACCAACGAGCUUCAAAUGGAGCUUGCUGAUCGCCUAGGUCGACUCACUGGCAAACCAGAGUCUUCAACACUGCACGUUCACCCUUUGCAGAACUUCAAUCCUGACGAAGAAAAACAUGUCAAUACUAUUACCACGGACAAGGCUGCCAACCCGGCUGAAGACCUUUGGAAAAACAGACCCAGCGAUAUCAGGAAUAGCUGGCACACUGAUGCUGGAUAUGAGCCUAAUCCCCCGGAUUACUCGAUCUUGAAGGUGGUCAAGAUGCCGCCGACUGGAGGAGACACAAUGUGGGCCUCCUCCUGUGAGAUCUAUGACAAGAUCUCUCCCAGCUAUCGCAAGUUUCUCGAGGGUCUCACAGCACAGUUUUCUCAGAGGAGAUUACCUAAAGUUGCUGCAGAGAAGGGUUUCGAGCUUUACACUCAGCCCCGAGGAUCUCCUAACAACGUAGGCGAUAGCCUGACAACCACCCACCCGGUUGUCCGUACUAAUCCUGUCACGGGAUGGAAGAGCCUCUUCGCGGUUGGAAAUCAUUGCGAGAGCAUCAACGACCUGACACCAGAUGAGAGCAAGCGUCUUCUUGAUUGGUUCCUACAGAUGAUUGUCGAGGAACAUGACUGUCAACUGAGACAUCGCUGGAAGAGUCCAUAUGAUCUUGCCAUUUGGGAUAACCGUACUGUUUACCACACCGCGAUCUUUGACUACGCUGGGCUUGGUGCGCGUACAGGUCACCGUACAGUUGGGAUUGGAGAAAGCCCAUAUUUUGAUGCUGGAAGCAAGACUAGACGCGAAGCACUGGCCACAGAGUAA